AUGACCCCCUACAAACUCAGCCUCUGGGCAGUCCGCGGGACCGCAGGCUGGAGGCGCGCCGGCGUGAUUCCGACCGCGGGAGCCGGGAGGAGGAGCCGGAGGUGGCUGCUGGGGGCUCCGGCCCAGGCGAAGGAAGGGGCGCAGGGACGGAAGCGGAGGGCAGGGGACUGCAGUACUGUCCCCGAAGCGGGACGCGAACCAGCAGAGUUGGGAGAAGAGCCUCCGCGCCGGGGAGCUGAGCAUGCUGCCCCCGCGUGCAGCGCCCGCGUGCACCCAGCCCAGAGAGGGGGCGACAGGGCGGAGGCGGUGGCCCCCGGAAGGUGUCUGGGACCGGACCGGCUGCACGUGAGCCCAGCGCGGAGUCAUGUGCACCGGCUCAGCCCGGUUCGGCGGCCGGACGUGCUGCGUAUCAACAAAAUGAAACUCAGGGCGACAGGAGGGCAGUUAGGUCCAGGUCCUCUGAACCCCCAUCCCCGGCAGAACGACCUCCCCAGCACUGCUGUCUCCCGCCGCAGCCCCUCCGCGCGGCCGGAGCCCGCGGGGCAAGUUGCAGCCCUGGCGCGCCCCCGCCCGCCCGCGCCCCCUCACCGGCCCGGGGGCGCUUUGCCGCAGUCAUUAAUAAAGAAGGUCGCCAAGCUCACCCUUCCAAAAGUUGUUGUUGCAUGCGCCCCUCUCAGCCUCCCCGCAAUGUACUCUUUAAAACACGACUGA